UUUACAAUGCGCGUGUACCCAAUACACUAGAUUUGGUUUCAUAUCAGUGUUUACUUUACGUGAACUUAGAUUAUCUUUCAAAUUCAAAUAUAUAUGUGAUAUCAAAAGAUUUUCAACGGAUUUUUUUUAAUUCACUGAUAUCAUCGAAUAAAAUAUUUUCAAGGUCGACAAGGCGAAAUGAAGUUACAGUUAUUAGCAGCCGUUAUGAUGGUAUUUAUGAAUCGAAUAGCAAAAUCAUGUAUUGACUACAACUUAGACACCACAUACACGAACAGAAUAAUAGUUAAAUGCAAUGAAAGGGAAUUGGACGGAGUCAUCACUGGGUUGGAUAAAAUUGACAUAAAAUAUCGGAAUAAGGUUAUAUCAGGUUUCUAUACAUUUGAGUUGCCAGAUCGGAUGAAUGGUGAGCUUAAUGCUACUUGGUUGUCUUUGAUUCACAAGCAGGCCAAUUACAAGAUUCAGUUGGAACAAUGUGAAAACCUAUUUCCUAAAGCCGGGCUAGAGCCUUUUGAUAGACCAAAGCGCGAUGUUCAGUCUUACUCUGCCGUACGCUCCAAACGCUCACCCAACCCAGCCCCUGAUAAUGGAAAACUAUUUUGCCGACCCUUUUAUGACGAACUACUUAGCAUAGAAAAAGCAUGGGAAUUUGGGUAUACUGGCAAAGGAUUAUCGAUAGCAAUACUUGAUGUUGGAGUAGAUAUAGACCAUCCGGAGCUUAAGGACAACAUAGACGUAGGGAUCUCGUACAACUUUAUUGACAAGGAUGACUCUGCAAACGUCAUUCCGGAAUUUCAUGGAUACCUACCAGCUUCGUUUUAUUUAACAAAUCAUGGAAAUGCGGUUGCAAGUAUUGUGGCAGGGGUCACACGAAACAAAACAUGUGAUUACUGCGGAGCAGGUGUAGCUUUUGACUCCGAAUUGGUUGUUCUCAAAACUGCUGGUGUGGACCUAACCAGCUUGCAGUACCCUAUAGGCGAAUCUGAUGUGUUUACAAGAGCCCUUGCCUACCGACCAAAUUGCAUUGAUAUUUACUUAAGUGGUUGGGAUUUUAAUAGAACCUUCACCAAAAUAACUGAUGCUCAAGAGUCAGUUCUGAGACGUGGUGUAACAGAGGGACGGCAUGGUAAAGGUUCAAUUUUUGUUUUUCCUGUCGGAUUACCUGGAAACGCCUUUACAAACACCAUUUUCACAAUCGGAGUAAACAAUAUAGGUGUCGAUGGGACUGUGGCAGAAGAUAGCUUCGUUAAUUCAGCCACACUUGUGUCUGCCUUUGGUGAUGGAAGAUCUCGUCAUCAUUCCGGAUUGCCAACCGCUUAUCGCACAAGGAUGAAUAUUGAGUUGCAUGAACUUUGUACCAUGUUCCACGGACGUUCAUCUGCAGCUGCAAUUGUAACAGGAAUUAUCGCACUUACACUCCAGGCUAAUAAAAGGCUGUCACUCCGUGAUAUCAAACAUAUCUUGGUAGAGUCAACUUCUUCUUCCCAGCUUGCAGAAUCUCCAAACUUCCACCGCAAUGGCGCGGGGUAUUAUUGUCAUGACACAUUGGGAUUCGGUUAUCCAAACGCGCUUAAAAUGGUAAAGAAGGCUAAAGAAUGGACACCUCUACCGCCAGUGUAUAACGUGUCGGAUCACCAGGAGCAUGAUGUCACAAAGGGAGAUAAAUGCCUGAUGCAUUUCAACGUGGUAAAGAAACGGCCCUCAGUAACCCAAAUUGAAGAAAUGAUCGUUGAUGUAUGGACGAAAAUGCCACGUAACGAAAGGUUUAAUUUGAAGAUAACAUCCCCAUGUGGCACAGAAUCAGUCCUUAUGGAUAAUCUUGUGCGCAAUACACCAACAGCUCACUUCAUUAAUGCACAUGUUACGUUUCUUACAUACGCAUUUUGGGGUGAAAACAGCUUUGGAGAAUGGACACUCGAAAUGGAUGUCAAAGGAGAAAAGUCCUAUUCUCCCUGUCACUUAGGCUCCGCGGAUAUUACCUUCUUUGGAACAAUUGAAGAGCGAGUGAAACCGAACUGUAUAUCGAAUGAACAAAUCAAUAUUACUUCAAAUAUCUUCUUAGUUUUAGGUUCUGUUAUUUGUGUACACACUUUUUCAAUGUAAUAUUUUUGCUUCUUAAGCAUGUUAUGUUACUGUUAUUCUGAAUCUAUAAGAGCACCUUAAGCCCGAAAUUCAUUCAUACUCACAUAUUUAACGUCCGAUCAUAGAUACAAUACAACAUCACAAUUUUUCAUAUUUAAUCUCGGCAUGGUUCUUACAGCCUUGGAAUACACUCUAUAUUCAUAUGUAGUGACAGAUAACUCCAAUACACAACGUAAACUCCCAUCAUGAAUUUCUUUUCUCGAUAUAAACAAAACAGCAAUAUACUACAACAUGGAUUAUUUCUCAAGUGCUUUAAACCCGAAUCGGGAAAAUGUUUAAUCUGGUUUAAUACAUUUCAUCCGACCUAUAAACAAUAAAUAAAUGUUGUAGGUACAUGAUUGACAACAGUGUAGAAACCUUUUGGAAGGACAGAAACUACAAACAUUUCAAAACGUUAUUAUGGCUAACGUUUAGCCAGUAUGGUUCAAUUUUAAAUGCUUGCAUAUCCUGCCAUGUAUAAUAUGUCUGUUUGAAAGCAAAUUUUACAAAAAAAAUCAUUUAAGCAUUUAGUUGAAGCAUUUCGUCAUGGUUUGGGCUGUUGUUCUCACAUAUUUACGUGUGAUUUAUUGAUUUAGUAACAAUCAAUUAAUAUUUUCUUUUUAAUUGCUACAAAAUACUUAAGAUGCGAUAGUUUUACUGUUUUGUAUGAACAAUAUUCCUACUUAUACAAUUGGUAUUUGUUUAGCCACAUAAUAUCUUAUCAAUAAAACUCGACCUGUUAUAUACCAAGUAUCUUAAUCAGGGAUUAUGAGUCUAAAUAAAAAACAAAAUACUGAUAUAAAUAAUAUAAAUUCAAGACAUAUUUAUAUGAAAGAAGCUCAGUAGCCAAAAGUUUAAACAUAAAUCCUGUUUAAUGACACAGGGUAAAAGCCAAAGACAUGGAACAAAUACCUAAAGGCAUGAUAUCAAAAUAUGUGAUAUAUUUCUAUUAGUAUAGUGAAUAAAGUUGACGAAAGCAAAACGCUGGUAAAAGUUAUUUUGGAAUUUGAAAAACGUUUUUUUUAAACUCUGGCUGUAUCAAAAAUGAUUUAUAUGAAUUAGUCAAUACCUGAUUUGAUACUGUAUUAUGAUAUUGGCCAGCCCGGUGGUCACUUUUUCCAUUUGCCUUUAAUUGCAUUUACUAAUUAUUAUAAUGUGUAGUCAAUUGAUGAUUUUGCUACAUUAAUCGCAUUUAAAACAAUUAUAAUGAUGCUUAUAAUGUUAUUCUGUAGCUUCAUUUCGCCUUAUCGACCUAAAAUUUAAACACGAAUGACUUGGUGUCAAAAUGCUAAUUGUCUUAUUAAUAAAAUACAAA